AAGCAUGGCUUCCCGGGACGUGUACACCAUGAAAGAGUUCAUGGAGAUCAUAUCCAUUCAAGAGCAGACCUGUUUCCAGAAAUCGCGAUACGAGCAGUCCCGGCGGCGGAAGGAGAAGGAGGCGGAGGUUGACGACGACGACGAGGAGCAUCCUUUGGUUACUGAGAUGUUCGGCGAGCUUUAUUUCAGAGAGUCGCCUACUUCCACCCUGGAAGGCCUCUUCUCUCCUCCUCGCGCCGCCACGCCGGAACUCCCCGCCGCCGACCCCCUAGCGGAAGAGAUGCCGUCCGAGGAGACGAAGGCGGCGAGUGACGACGACGGCGGCUCUGAUGAUGAUCAUGGAAAUGGAAAGGACGACCAGACUCCAGAAUUGGCUUCACCGCCUCCAAAUUAAUGUCGUAUGUGAAUUAAUUUGUUUGUUUGCGUAGGGAAGAAAUGGCAUGGAUGCAAAUGGUGGGAGGCAUUCAUGAAUGGAUUAUUGAAAUAAUUUAUGUUUUAUUGUUAUUAUUGUUAGUUGUUGUUGUCAGAAGGUUGCUGUAUAUGUAUAUUAGUAUGGAGGAGUGGAGGACAUUGUCAACCUCCCUCAUGUUGUUCAUUAUUGUGGGUUAUGCUGUUAAUCUUUAAUAUAAUGUUUCUUUUCUUUUA